AUGCCCGCCACCGUCGGCUUCUUGGGCCUCCCUCCGCCCAGCUGUGCCAUGGCGCGGCGGUUACUCGAGGGCCCACGCCGACGCGAGUAUCUCGUCAAAGCUUUCGACGGAUACGAGUGCCGUGCGCCGGAGAGCAUUGCAUGGAACGCCGGUGGGGGUCGGGAGGAGCCCUCGCCUCACGAUGCUCUUGCCGACAGCAACCUCUUGGUCUGCGCCGGCGACUGCUCAAGAGACAUUCAACGAGACCUAUUCUCAAACAGUGCUCUUUCGGCCCUUCCACCUCGUGCCAUCAUCGCCAUCAUGGGAGGAACAGCUCUGGGGAGCUUCUUUGAGCAGCUAGGCCGGUGCUUGGCCGUGGCCGACAGGUCGGACGUGGCUGUCGUAGAGUGCCACGCAGUCCACGAUACGGGAAAUCUGACGCUGUUCGCGGCCGGCGAGGGCCAAGAUCUGCAGCGGGCACGGGACGUGUUGCGCGAUGGCUCCGACGAGCUUUUCAUGUUUCCAGGAGCCCCUGACGAUGCCUCAAAGGCGUGCAUGGUUUAUCGCCUGCUUCUUGGCUCUCACAUUGCUACGGCGGCCGAGGCCAUUGGCCUCGCAGCCAAGGCUGGCCUGAACACGCAACAGGUGUACGAUAUCAUCACCAACGCCGCCGGCAGCUCGCGCGCCUUUGAGAGCCGCGUGCCGAGCAUGCUCGAGGGCGACUGGUCGGUCAAGGCCUCGUCCCUCGAAUCGUGCGCACGACACAUGGCUCCCGUCGUGUCGGCCGCCCGCGCCGCCAACUUCUCCCUGCCGCUUGGCGGCACCGCGGAACAGCUCUUCAUCUCGGGCUGCUCCCAGGGAUACGGCGCCGAGGACGACUCCGGCCUGGUACGGCUCUACCUGCCGACGACGCGGGAUCUGGUUCGGGACUGCGCAAAGUCGGUGAAGCUCAAGGAAGCGCUCACCCCUGGUGGAAGCCCGCUGGACAUUUCAAAGAUUGGCGUUAUUGGGCUCGGUGCCAUGGGCCACGGCAUGGCCGCGUCUCUCAUUCGGGCGGGGUUCCCCGUCCAUGGAUACGACGUGUCUCCGCAAGCCAUGGAGCGGUUCGCUACCAGCAACCUCAACGCGAAAGCCGCGGGCUCGCCCUGCGAGGCGAUGCGAGAUGCUGAUGUCGUCAUUCUCAUGGUCCAAAACGCCUCGCAAGUUGAACAAGUUCUUUUUGGCCACGACAACAACGCAGAUGCACUCUCUGACGGUGCGAUUGUGAUCCUCAGCUCGACCGUGCCGCCUUCGUUCACGCGUGAGUUGGGCGCAAAACUGAAAGCACUUGCUCGGGGCAUCUGGCUGGUUGAUGCCCCUGUUAGCGGUGGCGUUGUACGGGCAGCCAACGGCACUCUAACUAUUAUUUGCUCCGGAGAGGAUCUAGUGCUUGCCAAGGUCAACAGUGUGCUGCUCGCCAUGACAGGAAAGGCAAGCAACCUCUGCCACGUCGAGGGUGGUGUUGGCGCGGCAUCCUCGGUCAAGCUCGUCAACCAACUUUUGGCCGGUGUCCAUAUCGCUGCCGCCGCCGAAGCCAUGGCCUUUGCCGCGCGGCUGGGCCUCGACACGCGAGCAAUGUUUGAUCUCGUCAGGUCGUCCGGCGCGUGGAGCUGGAUGUUUGAGAAUAGAGCCCCCCAGAUGCUCGAGGCGGACUGGACACCGCACUCGGCGCUCGCCAUAUUUGUCAAGGACCUGGGCAUCGUACUGGACGAGGCGAAGCGCCUGCAAUAUUACGCGCCGAUAGCUUCGGCCGCGCACAACCUAUACCUGUCAGGGGCAUCGCGUGGGUGGGCGAAAGAGUCCGAUGCCGGCGUCGUUCGCCUCUGGGAGCUUCCUGGGAGCACUGUCGCUGAGUUGGCGCGGUCCAAGCGCCAUGCAGCCGCGAAAGGGCAGGCCAGUGAGAAACAAACACCCGAGUGCCUUCCUGUAGGCGAGACGUUGGAGGCCUUGCCUCCGGUAUAUGGACAGGACGUCAUCGCAUCUGUUAGAAACGUGGUUAAGAGCGGCGACGUUCCGAUGCUGGUUGUGCUCGACGACGACCCUACCGGCACCCAAACUUGCCACGACAUUGAUGUUCUCACGGUCUGGGACCCUGAGAUUCUCGAUCAGGAAUUUAGCUUGAACCCGGCCGGCUUUUUCAUCCUGACCAAUUCGCGGGCUUUGCCGUCCGCCGAGGCGCGGAAGCUCAUUGUUGACAUCUGCAACAACGUAUCGGCAGCGGCUAAAAAGGCUAACAGAAGGGUCGAGAUCGUUUUACGCGGCGACUCAACACUGCGCGGCCACCUACCAGAAGAACCGGAAGCCGCUGAGGAAGCACUGGGGCUGUUUGACGGCUGGGUCGUGGCCCCAUUCUUCUCGCAGGGUGGCCGCCUUACCAUCGACGACGUUCACUACGUCAAGGAGGGCGACAAGCUGGUGCCCGUUAACCAGACGCCGUUCGCCCAGGAUGCGACUUUUGGAUACCAGAACGCGAACCUCAGACAGUACGUCUUGGAAAAGUGUGGCGCACGCUUCAGCGAGUCUUCGUUCCUGUCGGUGACUCUGGACGACGUCCGCAGGGGUGGCCCGGCGGCCGUGACGAAUAAGCUCCUGUCGGUGCCGGCGGACCCGAACCGCGUCAUCAUCGUCAACGCCGUGGUUGAGCAAGAUAUGCACGUGUUCGUCGCCGGGCUUUUGGAGGCCGAGAGGAGGGGGAGACGCUACCUAUUUCGAACCGGCGCGGCAUUUGUCUCGUCGAGACUUGGUAUUACCGGCAUCCCCCCGUUGACCAUGGCGAAUCUCGGCGUGACUGCGGGUCACGAUGCGUGCGGCGGACUCAUCAUCGCCGGCUCCUACGUCCCCAAAUCGACGGCCCAGCUGGAGGUGGUAAAGCGUCGUCGUGCAGACAAGCUGGCGAUAAUCGAGCUAGACGUGGAGAGUCUGAUUGGCGCCGCGGAAGGGGCAGGUGUGGUCGUUGAGGCGGCUGCAAGCGAGGCGUCGCGCAACAUCGCCGCAGGCAAGGACACUCUUGUCAUGACAUCGCGGGACCUCAUCAGAGGCCAUGAUGGCGACAGCUCACUCAACAUUGGCUCCAAGGUCGCGCGGGCCCUCGUUGAUUUGGUCGAGAGGAUCAAUGUCCGUCCGCGGUACAUCAUUGCCAAGGGCGGCAUAACGUCGUCGGACGCGGCGACCAAGGCACUGCGAAUGCGGCGUGCUCGGGUCCUUGGCCAGGCGGCCCCGGGAGUGCCGCUGUGGAGGUGCGACGAAGAGACCAGUAGGCAUCCGGGCAUGCCUUAUGUAGUCUUUCCAGGUAAUGUGGGCAGCGAGACAACGCUCGCAGAGGUGGUGGAAGCGUGGGCUGUUUGA